AGGUAUUUAAUGAAUUUGAAGAAUUUCGUAAUAUAUACGGUCCUGUAGAUCGAUUACCUACACGUAUCUUCUUUGUAGGACCUAAAAUUGCUGAAGAAUUCCCGGUUGACUUAGAAACAGGUAAAAUGUUACAUAUUAAAACAUUAGCUGUUGGUGAACUGACUAAAUCUGGAGAACGUGAAGUAUUUUUUGAAAUGAAUGGUCAGUUGAGAUCAAUUAUUAUCACUGAUAAAGAGGCUACAAAGUCUAUUUCAUUUCAUCCAAAAGCUUUAAUUGGUGUCAAAGGUUCUGUUGGAUCACCAAUGCCUGGUGAACUUGUAAUAGUCAAUGUAAAAGAAGGUGAACUAGUUGAAAAAGGUCAAUUAUUAGCUACUCUAUCAGCUAUGAAAAUGGAGAUGAGUAUUACUGCACCUAUAUCAGGUUGUGUCAAAAAAGUUCAUGUUUCAAGUGGUAUGAAAGUGUCAGGAGAUGAUUUAUUAUUCGAUAUUGAAUAAAUUCACUAUAUAUACUAUAUACACUUUCAUUAUUUACUUCUUUAUUAUUCUAUACUACAAUCAGUUGAAUGAUUUUAUGAUUUAAUUUAGUGUUGUUUCCUUUAUCUAUUUCUUUUUAUCUACAAUAAUCUUUCUCAAAAUUUAUACAAUAGACAUGAAAAUGAAGCAAUAAGGAAUCGAAGGAAAGGUAAAUUUUCAUUAUUCUCUUCGUUUUUGUUAUAUGUACUAGUUUGUUUGGUUUCUUUUGUUCCUCUGUACUUACAUUUCUCAGUUUAAUCUAUAGAGAUGAAUAAGUUACUUUUUUUUCUUUUCGUUUGUUUAUAUGAAAUACUUUAAUCUAUAUGAUUAGUUAUCGUAAUAAGUUAUACUUUUUGUUCUGUUCAAAGCUUAGUGAACAC